AUGAAGCUAGCGUUCCUGGUCUUCACCGUCGUACUGCUUGUUGCCGUCCUACCUCGUUAUGAAAGUAGAGCUAUCGAAAACCCCGGCGCUGUUCAGUCAGCUUCUUCUGAUCCACAAUCUGACCUACAGAAGCUAUCUCUUCCCAUUCUUUUGCGACUAGGAGAGGAGUACUUCCUUAGGCUCGGCAGCGCGAACCAGAACCCACAAGUGUUCAUGCCCCCAGACGCGUCCUCCACAACUGUCAAGAGAGCGCUGCAGCUACAGCUCACCCAGCGUCUGUUGCAAGGCAAAGUUGCCAACAUCCGUCGGUUCGCGAGCAGCAACACUGACCAGCUCGACGACUCGAUGGAAAGAGGAAAGCGGACCGACGAUCCCCCAAUUUCACUGGAUCUGACGUUCCACUUGCUUCGAGAAGUACUAGAAAUGGCUCGAGCUGAACAGUUAGCUCAACAAGCGCAUAGCAACCGAAAAAUGAUGGACAUUUUCGGCAAAUGAGUGGACAUGAAUGAAAUCCAUCUGCCAAAGGAUAUUUUUAACAUUUAGCACAAAACACACAUUAUUCUAUACCACGCCUCCUUUUUCCAUUAUUUGUUCAUCAGUUUAUUUGUUUUUAUAUGUAUUUUUAUAGCGUUAACCUCACAUGAAGAAUCUGAAUUGCAAUUCAGUUGAUAGUAACCAGACUGUAUCAUAAAACAAAGGAAAUGUUAUUUAAACUUGUAUAACUGCUGUAAAAAUGCUACUCGAAGAGAGCUUCUACACAUUCGAUAUUUGUUUUCCUUGAAAACAGCUAUCCAUAUUGAUUGUUUGGAAGUUUAUCGAUUUCAGGAAUACGCAGGCCUAUCUUAAAUGGAAAGCUUCUCUGAAAUUCAGUUUCGCUGUUUACUAUUAACUUGAGUUUGACAAUAAACACAUCAUGAGCAACCAAACAUUUACGUUGCGUAAGAGAAUGUCUAAUAUAUAUAUUUUGAAAUAAAAGUCUUCAAAGUUC